CACUCGCUCAGUCGUCGCGUUGCCGUGAACUUGGCCUGAUCUGGUCUGUCACACUGGCCCCGAGGCCUUAUCGGAGGCGCCGCCCACGGCCUAUAAUAGCUGGGCCGGCGUCUCCCCCUGACUAUAGAGUGGGCUGUGACUCCGUCAGACAUGUUUCGCGUCCUCUGCUUCCUCGCGGCCGUAGCCGCAGCCGCCGCAUGCAGGCCCUGCACAUGUGGGGUGGCUCGGGGCGCCCGAGUCGUGGGAGGUGAAUCAGUGACUCCUGGCGAGUUCCCCUGGCUAGCUGCCCUCAAGAGAGACGGAAAGGUCAUCUGUGGAGCCACUGUAGUGGCCAGAGACCAUCUCAUCACCGCCACUCAUUGUGUGCACGGGAUUGAAGCAUCCCGUCUCUCGGUCCUCGUGGGUGAAUAUGAUGUGAACAACUCCAGGUCCGAUGGGUUCGAAGUCAUCCAUGUGGUACAACAUCCAGACUUCAACAGAUAUACAUACGAUUAUGAUAUAGCUGUUCUAAGACUUGCUGAUCCGAUACCAGAUAAUCUAUUUAGACCUGCUUGCCUUCCCGAUGCCGAAGACCUAAACGGUCUUGAAGGGGAGGAAGCAAUAGUUACCGGUUGGGGCAGCACCGUCGAAAAGGGCCCUGCAUCCAACAUACCUGUGAAAGCUGCAGUCCAGAUUUGGGCACAAGAAGAAUGCUCAGGCGCAGGCUACGGUCGCAGGAAAGUGACUCCGCGCAUGUUGUGCGCAAACGCACCUGACCGAGACGCCUGCACCGGUGACUCUGGCGGCCCCCUGCUUGUGUCACAACCUUAUUUCACGCUAGUCGGAAUCGUAUCAUGGGGUCGUGGCUGCGCCAGGCCAGGCUACCCUGGAGUCUAUGCUCGUGUGGGCCGCUUCCUACCCUGGCUCCGUGUGGCGCUCCGCCACGCUUGCACUUGCCAACCUCCUGCUUAUGGUUAAGACUGGUUGACAGGAUUAACACGUAUACAUAGUAUUCAGUACUUGCCCAGUUUAUGAUUACAAUGGGCGCUUAAAUUACGCUAAACUCAGGAUAGUGAGAAACAGUAGGUUAGGGUUGAAGUGUCAACUAUCAACGCGUGCAUUGUAGAUGUAGGUACAUUCUGUGAGUAAUCGUUCAAUUAGUCCAUUCGUUUCAUAACUUCUGGAACUGAGGCCGCCUAUGCGUUAUAUUAAAUAGGUUUGAUGGAAUCGUUAUUGUUAAAUAGUUCUAAUUGUACGACAUUAGUAUAUGCACUAGUGUUGCUCAUCAAAUUGUUAUCGAUAGCAGAGCUGGCUGUUACCUUAUACGUUGAUGAUUUAGUACCUAUUCAGACUUGUGCAAACAUCAGUAUUAUUAAUAUAUAUUAAAUAGGUCUAUCUAAAUAAAUAGAAUAUUACAACGGCUGUGAUUAGUUUAAGAAUUUAACAUAAUUGUAAUGUUUAGAUAUUUUGUCAUUUGUACAAAUUACUUAGGAUUUCCAUGAAAAUGUAAUAAAAUUGCUUAUAAAUAA